UGCAGUUGCAGAGCCGCGAAGUACGGUACGAAUCAGUAAUUAUUUCAGAUCUGUUCCCUUGUGGUUUUUAUCCAACAAUUUUAAUUCGUUUAUCUUAAUUUUGUUUUACCUUUUUGCCUUAGUGUCAUCACAUUCUUCUGUUUUAAUUGAUUUCAUUUUAGAAAAGAUCAUAUUAACCUAAAAAUGGUAAUGCUUACAAGUUUCCCAGCUCCAACUGAUGGUAUAAAACAUGAACAACCGCGGACGAAAUUAUUUGUAAUUGAUCAAGAAUUUGGAAUUGGCACACUGUAUAUCACGGAAAGCAAGUUAACAUGGAUAAACAACGAUGGAGAAGGUAUUUCGUUCCUGUAUCCACAAAUAAGCGUUCAUGCUGUAUCUAGGGACGUUCAACAAUAUGGGGCUGAGUGUUUGAUUGUAGUUUUAGACACAUGCUUGGAAGGUGCUGAUGAGAACCGAGAAGAAGAUAAUGAUGAAGACAUGGCGACAGAGUUGAGGUUUGUUCCGGAAGACAAAGACCAAUUGGACGCCAUGUACAGAGCAAUGACUUUCUGCCAAACACAGCAUCCGGACCCUAAUGACUCAUUCUCAGACCUUUCAGAAGAGGAUGCAUUUUAUGAGGAUGCUGAUGACGAGAGAAAUGUCUUGGCCGGUGGAGAUUCAGAAUAUACAAAUGGCAUUGAUUUAAUUAACAACAGAUUGAAUGAGUUAGGAGCAAUGAAUGGCCUCCGAAUCAACCCGGAUGAAGAAAUGGAAGAUGACGGACAGUUUGAAGACGCAGAUGAUUAAGAGGUGUAAAAAUCAACAUGACUGAUUUUAAAAUUUGAUAUUCUACCUGUUUAUAAUUUUUGAGAAAAACAAAUCUGUUUUCUGAUUUGUGAAUGUAUUAUUGUUGAUGUAAAGUUGCAAUAGAAAAAACUGUACAUUCCUUACAUUCAA